AUGGCGGGCGGGAAGGAGCCGCCGCUCUUCAAUCAAACCAGCGACGAGAUGAACACUUCUGACUUAUCGGACAAUGACCUCAAACACACCUCCAGGCUGUGUAAGGGCUAUUUGACCAAGAAGGAGAGUGAUGGGGUGCUGCGCCAGAUGACCUGGCCUCCACAGACACCGGACCUGAACCCAAUCGAGAUGGUUUGGGUGAGCUGGACCGCAGAACCAUGUUCAGACAGGUUCUACAGGUCCCACAGGUCCCACAGGUCCCACAGGUUCCACAGGUCCCACAGAUCUCACAGGUCCCAAAGGUUCAACAGGUUCUACAGGUCCCACAGGUCCCACAGGUCCCAAAGGUUCCACAGGUUCUACAGGUCCCACAGGUCCUACAGGCCCUACAGGUUCCACAGGUUCCACAGGUCCCAAAGGUUCCACAGGUUCUACAGGUCCUACAGGCCCUACAGGCCCUACAGGUUCUACAGGUCCUACAGGCCCUACAGGUUCUACAGGCCCUACAGGCCCUACAGGUUCCACAGGUCCCACAGAUCUCACAGGUCCCAAAGGUUCAACAGGUUCUACAGGUCCCACAGGUCCUACAGGCCCUACAGGUUCUACAGGUUCCACAGGUCUCACAGGUCCCAAAGGUUCCACAGGUUCUACAGGUCCUACAGGCCCUACAGGUUCUACAGGUCCUACAGGUUCCACAGGUCCCACAGGUCCCAAAGGUUCCACAGGUUCUACAGGUCCUAUGGGUUCUACAGGUCCUACAGGUUCCACAGGUUCCACAGGUCCCACAGGUCCCAAAGGUUCCACAGGUUCUACGGGUUCUACAGGUUCUACAGGUCCUACAGGUUCUACAGGUCCUACAGGUCCCACAGGUCCCACAGGUUCCACAGGUCCCAGAGGUCCCUAAGGUCCCAAAGGUGCUACAGGUUCCACAGGUCCCACAGGUCCUACAGGCCCUACAGGUUCCACAGGUUCCACAGGUCCCAAAGGUUCCACAGGUUCUACAGGCCCUACAGGCCCUACAGGUUCUACAGGUCCUACAGGUCCUACAGGUCCCACAGGUUCUACAGGUUCUACAGGCCCUACAGGUUCUACAGGUUCUACAGGUCCUACAGGUUCCACAGGUCCCACAGGUUCUACAGGUUCUACAGGUCCUACAGGUCCUACAGGUUCUACAAGUCCCACAGGUCCUAUGGGUUCUACAGGUCCCACAGGUUCCACAGGUUCUACAGGUCCUACAGGUCCUACAGGUCCCACAGGUUCUACAGGUUCUACAGGCCCUACAGGUUCUACAGGUUCUACAGGUCCCACAGGUUCCACAGGUUCUACGGGUUUUACAGGUUCUACAGGUCCUACAGGUUCUACAGGUCCUACAGGUCCCACAGGUCCCACAGGUCCCACAGGUCCCUAAGGUCCCUAAGGUCCCAAAGGUCCUACAGGUUCCACAGGUCCUACAGGCCCUACAGGCCCUACAGGUUCUACAGGUUCCACAGGUCCCACAGGUCCCAAAGGUUCCACAGGUUCUACAGGUCCCACAGGUCCUACAGGCCCUACAGGUUCCACAGGUUCCACGGGUCCCAAAGGUUCCACAGGUUCUACAGGCCCUAUAGGCCCUACAGGUUCUACAGGUCCUACAGGUCCUACAGGUCCCACAGGUUCUACAGGUUCUACAGGCCCUACAGGUUCUACAGGUUCUACAGGUCCCACCGGUCCUACAGGUCCCACAGGUCCCACAGGUUCUACAGGUUCUACAGGUCCUACAGGUCCUAUAGGUUCUACAGGUCCAGAUGA